UCUUCGCCGAUUCCCCAAACCCACCGCCGCCGCGCCGCUCUCCUCUAACCCAACCACGCCGGCCGUGGCCUCCUCCUCCCCCAAGCACCAGCGGCCUCCUCUUCCUCCAGCGCCGCACUCCAACCUUCUGCUUCUCUCCCGAGCGAAGGCCCCAGAUCGGGCGAGACCAGAUCCACGGCGGCAUCGGCGCGCCAUCCUCGACCUGGGCUGCGACCACCAUGGUCGCCGUUGUCGUCUCCUCCAUGGAGGUCCGACCCGCCAGGAUCAAGCCGCGGCCUGAGCCUGCCAUGGGGAAUCCGCCCCGAUUGCAGCGUGUACGCGGGCACUAUAGGAAGAGGAAGAGGGAGGAGGGAGGGGGACGGGGGAGAGCAGCGCCCGUAGCCGCGUGCGCGUGGCCGUGGCGCCGGAGCGGCGAAGGAGGGGUAGGGCGGUCCUCGCCGCGGCCAGAGGGCGACCUCGUCACCAGGCUCCCCGGGCAACCAGAGGUCGGGUUCAAGCACUACGCCGGCUACGUCCACGUCGGAAAGGGCGGCGACAAGGCGCUCUUCUACUGGUUCUUCGAGGCCGAGAAGGGGCCGGAGAAGAAGCCCCUCAUGUUGUGGGCUAUGGCUCAACGGAGAUUAGACGAUGCAGAUAUGAUUGAGCUCAAGGUUGACGGAGACGGCAAUUGUCAGUUUCGGGCAUUGUCUCAUCAAUUUUACCGAACUCCUGAACACCAUAGAUUUGUGCGGCAACAGGUGAGCAAUCAGGUUAGUAUUGUGAAUUCAGGCAUUCCAUCCCCUCUGCUAGUAAAUCAGGUUAGUAUUGCCUUUUUAGUGUGUUGAUAUUUGAAAGGGGAACAGGGCAACGUGUUGCACUCUUGCUUUUGUUAGAGCACUAUAUUUUAUUGUUAACCAUGCUAUGGUCCAAACUCCUUUUUAUUCUGCUCAUAUGAUAUUGCUCAUCUUUUGUUUUCUGUCCGAUGCCUCCUGUAUUUAGAGUAGAAAUAUUCUUAAUUUAGUGUUUCUUGAACAUGGCCAGGGCAAUGGAUAAAAUCUACUCUGGAUAGUUGACAGGGGGAGUACAUGCUAAGUUGACUUUUUUCCUGCGGAUUUGCUUAUCGUGAAGAUGCUUGCAAGGAUGCAGAGGGAGCGGAUCAUUUGGAGAGAUAGGAUGUCACUGUUUGGUGUUUUUAUGCAUUUUGGUUUGCCUGUAACUGUGUUUGCACUAGUUGGGACUAAGUGACUUGACAAGAAGUGUAGGUGUAUUAAUUGAAGGCAUGAAAAGCCAUGACAAUAUGUAUGCUCUUACAGGAUGUGCUCUAAUGCCGCUGGUUUAUUAUAAAUCUUGGAUUAGUAAUGAUGUGUAAUGCUGCUGGUUUAUUGCAAA